GGGGAGGGAGGGGCCCGGAGCCGCAGAGCCUCAGGCUUCGGUCCGGCCUCUCGCCAGCUCCGCGGGUCCCGGCCCAGAGCCUUCUCAGUGGCCCACCUGCAUGCCCACUAAAGAGGGCACAAGACAGAGGAAGCUGAGGUUGGGGGAGUCAAGCCAGAGGCUGGCCUGGCCCAGCUGACAAACAGGAAGUACACCGGCUUCCAGGAGACACACCUGGCAUUCAGAACAGCAGCUCCACGAGGAUGCCCCUGUUUUGUUCCUGCUGGGCCUCUAGUGCCUAGAGUACGCACCUGGUGCAUGAUGUGGAAGACGGAGGAUUGUCGAAAGUACAGAGUUCAGCCCUCGCACCCUCUGCUGCCAAGAGCUCCAUGCAGGUGCCACAGGAUGGAGACGACUUUGCCAGCCAGCCCUGGUACCACGGCCCCCUGUCCCGGCAGAAGGCUGAGGCCCUCCUUCAGCAAGAUGGGGACUUCUUGGUUCGUGCCUCCGGGUCCCGCAGGGGCCACCCAGUGAUCUCCUGCCGCUGGCAGGGCUCAGCCCUGCACUUCGAGGUGCUCCGUGUGGCCCUGCGUCCCCGACCAGGCCGGCCCACAGCCCUCUUUCAGCUGGAGGAUGAGCGUUUCCCAAGCCUGACCUCCCUGGUUCUCAGCUACAUGACUGGGCAGCGUCCACUGUCCCAGGCCACAGGGGCUGUGGCCUCCAGGCCCGUGACACGGCAAGGACCUAUUCGACGCAGCUUUAGUGAGGACACCCUCCAGGACAGCCCAGCUCUGACAGAGCUGCCCAGGGCUAGGAAGCGGAGUGACAGUCAGCCUGCAGGUUUGGAGCACAUGGGGCGGUCAAGAGAUCACUGUGGACCAGAAGCCUCAGCCACGUGUGCUCUCCCUCGGAUGGGUAGUGACCCCAUGUUGUCGAAGGCCCCGGCUCCCCUGGGGUCCUUCGCUGACAUCCUCAGGGCCUCCGAUGGACAGCUUCAUGCCAAGGCACCAACCAAGCCACCUCGAACACCCUCGCUGGUGCUACGUGAUGCGUCUGGACGCCCCCCGACGUACUGUGAGCUGGUGCCCCGAGUGCCCAGUGCCCAAGGAACACCCCCUCUGGGCCACAGCAGCCCAGAGAUGGAGGCCCCAUGGUGGGAAGCCGAAGAGGAAGAGGAGGAAGAGAACAGAAGUUUUGUAAGACCACAGGCUGAGGUCUCUUUCUCCCCCCGUAACCACCCCUACUGCCUGCUGGGCCCCCAGAAUCGGCCACUGGAACCCAAAGUCCUGAGUACUCUCCGUGGCCUGUUCCUGGAGCACCAUCCUGGGAGCACGGCCCUCCACCUAUUAUUGGUGGACUGCCAGGCUACAGGACUUCUAGGAGUGACCAAGGCUCAGCGGGGUGCCAUGGGGGUUGCCUCUGGCCUGGAGCUGCUCACGCUGCCCCAUGGGCAUCGCUUGAGACUGGAACUUCUGGAGAGACAGGAGGCGCUGGCGCUGGCUGGGGCUCUGGCAGUGCUGGGCUGCGCAGGGCCGCUGGAGGAGCGCGCGGCCACCCUUCGGGGCCUGGUGGAGUUGGCGCUGGCACUGGGGCCAGGGGCGGCGGGGGACCUACCUGGACUGGCCGCGGUCAUGGGCGCCCUGCUCAUGCCCCAGGUGUCCCGGUUGGAACGCACGUGGCGCCACCUCCGAAGGAGCCACACAGAGGCCGCGCUGGCUUUCGAGCAGGAGCUGAAGCCUCUGAUGCGGGCGCUGGACGAGGGCGUCGGACCCUGCGACCCGGGGGAGGUGGCGCUGCCGCACUUGGUGCCCGCGGCGCGCCUGCUGGAGGGCGAGGAACUCCCGGGGCCGCUAGACGAAAGCUGCGAGCGGCUGCUGCGCACACUGCACGGGGCGCGUCAGAUGGCCCGGGACGCGCCCAAGUUCCGCCAGGCGGCGGCCCGGCGCCUGCAAGGCUGCUCUGGGGAAGCCGCGGCGUCGGGGCACCACAGGCCGAGCGUCUUGAGAAGUUCCAGCGCGUCCUCAGUGUCCUUUCACAGCGCCUGGAGCCGGACGGUUGAAAGCACAGACCCCCUUGUUCGCCCUGGGUUGCCUAGGCAGUUGCCCCAAGCUGCUCACACAGCCGAACACGUUGGGGACCCACAUUCCGCCUCACAGAAAGUGGGGGCCAGAUUUGCAAGAACCCAUCCUGCUCCCCACAAAUGUAGGUGAAUCCUAGCGGGAGGGACAGCCUCCUCCCCCACACUAGAAGACCCAGCGGUCUGGAGGCUCUGGUCGCCCCAUCCUGGCCCCCGCCUUCCCACACAUAACCUACAAAUGAACGCGAGGUUUUCAAUAGUAAGAGAAAGCGCAGAUCUCUUACUCGGAAGCCAGAGUUCAAAUGCUUUCUACAAGCUGUGUGACUUCUAGCAAGUGGCUCAACCUCUCUGCGCCUGCCUUCAAUGUAAGUGAGGCUGUGAGAUUGUCAUGGGGAUUAAAGCUCAAGAGUAUGUAUCCUCAGCACCACCUUUUCUCAGUAAAGCUGCCAUGAACACAAGGAAA